UUGAAUAAGAAUCUGUGUUUGUUUAAAGAUCGUGUUACGCAGAUAAGUCAGCUUCUCUCUCCUCUUCACCCUUUCUCGCACAACAAUCAGAAUUUUGCAGAGCCCCAAAUUGGAGCUCCAGAAAUUGAAAAGGGGUUCUUUUGGUCGAAUUAGGAGGGUAGAAUUUAUUAAUUAUGGACCAGAUUUUCAAUAAGGUUGGAUCUUACUGGUUGGGUCAAAAGGCUAACAAAGAGUUCAAUUCCGUCGGCGAUGACAUUAAUUCACUAGGAAGCAGCAUUGGGGACAGCACCAAAUGGUUGGUCAACAAAUUUAAAGGGAAGAUGCAGAAGCCCUUACCAGAGUUGCUAAAGGAAUAUGAUUUGGCCGAGGGAAUCUUCCCAAGGGAUGCCACACACUACGAGUUUGAUGAGAGGACGGGAAAACUUACAGUAUAUGUACCUCAAAUAUGUGAAGUGGGCUACAAGGAUUCAUCAGUGUUGCGAUUUUUUACCACUGUAACUGGGUACCUUGAAAAGGGAAAGCUGGCUGAUAUAGAGGGGUUAAAGACAAAAGUAAUGAUCUGGGUCAAAGUUACUGCCAUUACUUCUGAAGGUUCGAAGCUUUAUUUUUCAGCUGGGGUGAAGAAAACCCGAAGCAGGGAGGCGUAUCAGGUUCUUCGGGAUGGAGUUGUUAUAGAAAAGUUCUGACCUCAUCUUAAACUAUACGACAUAUGUUUGCUUGACAAUGUAUGUUUAUCCUCGGUAAUGUAAUUGUGAAUUUGCGAAAUUUAACCUAAACUAUAAGAUCGAUGUUUGUAACUGAUACGUUACCUAAUUAAGCUCAGGAUAUUAUGAUUUCAUAAACGGGUAUACAGUGCUUUUUCCGUCA